AUGGAAAUGGGGCGCGAACGAGAAUGGGAGACAUGCGCAGCACAUUCGGCACCCGCCUCAUUCUCAGUUCUGUCCACGUCGCCAGGAUGUCGUCGGGCCGCCAGUUUCCCGUUUUUUGGUGACACCUCAAUACAUGCAUCCAGUCUAAAGGUUCGCUCCCAGAGUGAGUCGGAAGGACUGAACAAGAUGCGAUUGACACAUAUGAACUUGGAUACAGUUCGUAAGCGUCUUUCCGAAACGACGAUUAAAGAGAAAGAUGAAGGAAGUGACUAUCAAUCGCACAGCUCAUCAAGCAGCGAAUGUGGCAAUGAUGAUUUGGACCUGUUCUGUGCUGGACCACUUGAACUCAAAGAAGAGGAGAAGUCGAGAAAGUCAGUUCGAUUUGCCGAUGACUGUGGACAAGAUCUCACCAUGAUCCGUGUUGCCACCGAACCGAGUGAUUGUCCUCCAAAGUUGAGCCCUUCCGUUCUCCGCCGCUACCGUGGCGAAUCUUUCGAAGAAGAAGAGAUUGCAGCAAGAGAACCUGCACCUGUCUGGGAUCUUACUUUCAAACAGCCUGCUGCUGAUUAUGUUCGCUUCCGUGAAAAUUUGGAAACGAACAAAGUCUCGUUGGAAAAUGUAAUUUUGAACAAUGAAGGUUACAAAGUGCUUGGAACCGUCAAAGUGGGCAAUAUUGCAUUUGAAAAGAGUGUCUUUGUGAGAUACACAAUGAAUGGAUGGAUUUCAUACAUGGACAAAGCUGCGAUCUACCAACCAUCCACCAGCAAAGUCUAUGAUUGUUUCAAAUUUGAAAUUGACCUUCCUUCUUCCGUAGAGAAGAUCCAUCAAAUCGAAUUUUGCAUUUGCUUCAAAGCAAAUGAAACUGAAUACUGGGAUUCUAAUUCGGGUACCAACUACGUUUUGCACUGCGCUCAACAUCAUCCAGUCGUUCCACAGCAACAACAACAGCGUCGUGCCUCAUUGUUCGGCGGAUCCAAGUAUCUUGACCGAGAUGAUGCCUACAAACUCGAUUACAACGACUGGGGAAAAUUCGCCUCGUGGAAAGCACUCAGCACUGAUGGACCGUACUGGUAG